GAGAAAAAGUUACGGAUAGUUUUCAGAGCAAAGACUUUGAAAAAAUUGUUGCAUUUGUAUAACUGUUAACACAUAGCAAUCAAAAAAAAUACAGACAGAUAGUCUCCUAAGUUAUAGUCCUCCGUAAAAAAAGUUUAAAGGUGUUUGAGUAAAAAAAAAACGCGUUCUCUUGUCACAAAAGUCACUUGGCCUCGUUGUGUCAAGUCCGGUUCUGCACAAUGCCUCUCCAAAGAGCGCCUUUGCAAAAAAACCCCAAAAAAAUCAAACUUGUGCAACAAUCAAACGUCAAAUUACAAAUUCAUUCCCUUGGCAAGUCAUGAGUAUCGAAAUCCACUGUAGCAUGAAAAAACCAUUCUAAUUAUCCGAUUUUCUCUCAUUAAGUCGAAGUGAUGGGAUUAUCGAACGUUCAAUUACUCCUACUUUCCGUAUUUUUGUAUUUCUUCGCUGUUGGUAUUUUACAAGCAGCUUUGUCGCGCCACAUUAUGCUUAAGGGCGGCACACACCACAUUCAAGGGUGGGUGGCUGCCUUAAUUUUCAUACUACAAUCAAUCGCAAAAGAGCUAACUGCACUUUUCGAGCAUGGCAAGAAACACGCGCUCAAUUUUUGCCUAUUUUCCGUCUUUUUUAUUUUUUUCACGUUCGUUUUUGAGGAUGGUUUGUGGGUGACAUUGGGGUUGAGAUUGGUUUUUGCUGUUUUUAAUCAGGUUCUUGUGUAUUCGAAAGAAUUCGUUGCAAAAAUAACACCGGAGGAAACACACAUCAAAUAUUUUAAUCUGGUUGAAGGGACGAGGGUUGCAGGCCUCGCCCUUGGCAAUUCACUGGGGGGGCAUUUGUUUUUGUGUAAUGAGAACUUUUCCUCCCUUGCCAUGUUUUCCACCGUUUUCACACUAGUGGCAAUUCUUUUGAUGCAAUAUGUGGAGGAAGACACGGACAUCAAGCGUCCUCAAACCCACUUCAAGCAAAUGCCCUCAAUCUGCUACCACCGCCUCAAAAACCUCAAAACCGUCAACUACAAAAAACACUGGGACUGCAUGUUACUCCAAGCCGCCUACACCACAACUUUCUCGAUUUAUUUCGUCCGUUUUUGUUUUUUGCUCGUUUUUAAUUACAAUCUCGGCACGGUAGUGGUUGGUUAUUCAAUCGCCUACCAACACAUGUGGCUUUUUGCAACUUCUAUGUUGGUACCAUUUGUUAAGGAACGAGUCCAGAAUAAGAAAAAGUUAUUCGAGCACAGUCUCUUAAUCUCCGGGUUUCUUCUACCAGGGCUGUACUAUGCCCCCAGUUAUGAGUGCUAUUUGUUUCUUCUAAUACCGAUGUUUUUUUGCUUUAUGUUGGUAAACGCGCUCUUGGACGAUGAUGCCUUGGGUUUAAGUUUAAAACCUGAUGUUUUUGAGGCGUCUAACACCAUUGCCUAUUUGGUGAAUGUCAUAGGACCGAUUUUUUUCGGAAUUGUGUGCCAGUAUUUUGGCGGUUAUGGGUUUAAAUUUUUCUCGUUGUUGCCAAUGGUCAUUUGUGUCUAUUUGCUGAACCAAAGGUUCAUGAAGACGGAGCAAGAACAAGAAACGGAAGCAAGAAUCAAACAGGAUUAGGAAAAUUGCAACACCUUCACAAUAAAAUAUUUUUAAACAAAAUAAU